AUGGCGUCCGCUGAAGACGAAGGUAUUGCGCGACACACCGAUGCCGGCCCGACAGACCGAGAAGACCGCCAACCCCUGGGACAGAGCCCAGAGGGAUCUCCUUGCACUUCUUUCACCUGCUUCCCGCAGCUUCCAAACGAGGUCCGAAUCAUUAUCUGGAAGUUUUGCAUCCCCCGACGGAUUAUCGACAUUGCUUGGCUUGGGUCCGUCAACAACUAUGUCGGGAUCUUCAGGCGCGAGCAAAUAAGUAUGGCAUACCGCAGCCUACGAGCCCCAGUCAUCACCCGUGUCUGUAGCGAGUCUCGCAAGGUCGUUGUCCAGGAAGGAGGCCACAUGCAUAUUAUCAACAGAGGGGGCUCUCACUACAUUUGGAUAAAUCCCAAAUACGACAUGUUCCAAGAAAUCCAGCGCUGGACUGGCAAUUAUCCAUACACCAGCCUGUAUAGGACCGAGCGAACCAGGCAGCUGCAUUCCACCGAGCCAAUAUCCUGGCUCGCUUGCGAAAAGGAUGAUACAGGUACACACCAGCUCGACAUCGACGCCCUUAUGCCACCUGACCAGCAGCCGGGUAUGCGAGAGCAGAUCUUCGUCCGUAUCCUCAUCGAAUUUGUCCACGGACCAUACGCACAGGCCACCAAGACGGGCCUUUUCGGCUUGACGGGCGAAGAGCACAGUAUCUUUGUCGACCUCGGAGACACUGCCAAGCUGCAAAGGCUUGUCCAGCUGGAGACUCAGGGGAUGCCGAGCGAUGAAUACCAAGAGCACUGGGACGCCAAACUUCACAUGUGGGCCGCCUCUGCCCACAUUGCUCUUGACAAGGCUAAAGGAGGCUAUCUUUGGUCUCGUGUGCUCAGAUACUUAGAGGACAACAACUUGACACGUGCUGAAUCGGGAGUUUUCAAGACGCUGAGCGGGAGCGAGAGGAUGAAGAUACGCAACAGCACGAUGUACUGGCAGCUACUCGAUACGGAGCAUCCAUUGAUUCAGGUCCUCCGCGAACAAGGUCCACAGUUGCGGCCCGUCAUCAUGUGGCGUCUCUGCGACGCAACCGCUUGCCCUGCGAGGAGGACCCUGACUUUUACAUAUUAG